UUAGCCCAGCCGUUUCAUUUGUUAGCCCUAGCCGUUUCACUUCUUCUCCAGUAGCCUUCGGCCGCUUCUCUUCGGACGAGAACUUCAUCUCAUUCCUAUUCGGCGUUUCUUCUUUGGUUUCAUCAGUCUCAACACAGAAUCGUUCUCAGCAAAUCUAGCUCAUUCUCAACAAAUUUGGCUCGUUCUCGGCGGAUCCGAUACGUUCUCCAGCAGCUCAUUCACUGCAGAUUAUUUUCUACAAACUAAGGAAAAUUAACCCAUUCAGCUACUCAAUUUGGCAAAGCAAUCCUUUGAACACUUCGAAUCUCCUGCGUGGUAGAGAAGAAGAAGAAGAAGAAAGAUGGGAGAGAGAAAGGUUUUGAACAAGUAUUAUCCGCCUGAUUUUGAUCCAUCGAAGCUUCCCCGAAUUAGGAGGCCAAAAAACCAGCAGAUUAAGGUCCGGAUGAUGCUUCCAAUGAGUAUACGUUGCAACACUUGUGGCAAUUAUAUAUAUAAGGGCACCAAGUUCAAUUCUCGCAAGGAAGAUGUCAUUGGUGAGACAUAUCUCGGAAUUCAAAUUUUCAGGUUCUAUUUCAAGUGCACCAAAUGUUCAGCCGAGCUUGCCAUAAAGACUGAUCCUCAAAAUUCUGAUUAUGUUGUUGAGAGUGGCGCUACACGAAAUUUUGAGCCCUGGCGCGCUGAGGAUGAGGAAGCUGAUAAGGAGAGGCAAAAAAGGGAUGCUGAGGAGAUGGGUGAUGCAAUGAAAUCCUUGGAGAAUCGGACUUUGGACUCCAAAAGAGAGAUGGACAUUCUUGCUGCACUUGACGAGAUGAAGUCUAUGAAGUCAAGACAUGCAACUGUCAGCGUAGAUGCUAUGCUUGAGGCCUUGCAGCAAACAGCUGCAGAAAAGGAGAAGAAGUUGGAAGAAGAGGAUGAAGCGCUUAUAAAAUCAAUAUUUGAACGGAGAUCAAAAGAAGUUAUAAGAAGGAUUCCUGAUGAGUAUUCGGAUGAUGAUGAUGAUUUCAAUCAGCUUUCAAAUGCCAAUAGUGAAACGUUGAGAAAUAAUUCAAAGAGGAGAAAGGUUUCCAAUGAACAUCCAAGUAAACCGACAGAUUCAUUAACGAAGGCCAAUGCUUUAGAUAGCGCAGACAAUGGAGCAGGAAGUUCAGGUAACUCGAGGACACAGACUGAUACCAAACCCAAGUUCCUAUCUCCAAUUGUCAAGAUUUCAGUUACUAAGAAGCCAGUCGGAACUUCUGAUGGCAGCAAGCUGGCAAUGGCUGAACAGAGUAAAGAAGUGGAGAGCACGGGGCUCCUAUCAUUAUGUCAGAACUAUAACAGUGAUGAUGAGUAGUCGGUCAAUGUAUUGCAUGAUUGAAUGAUAUUAUCAAAUGUGAAUGAGAACCCAAAAAAAAAUUCCAGAAACUUCCAAAAAUUUUCUGUGGUAUCUGUUAGCCUUUCCCUGAUAUUGAAUACCAGAAGAUUGUAUAUAUGAAGAAAAGGAAGAGGAUAUAAUAAAUUGAUGUAUUAGAAUUUAAA